UUUAAAUGGUCGACCAAGCAUUGAUUUGAUAAAACUAUUAGAGUAAAAAGUUCAGCCCGAACAUAAUAGUUCGAACCAAUAUCGAAUAAUACAAAGAGUGAUAGCAGUUGGACGCAGGACAUAAAGAAAUGAAAGCCUGUUUCCUUCACAGUACUCGAUGAACAGCCGGCUUAUCUCACUCGAUCAGACAAUGCUAGCUGACUAUCUCGAGAGAUUUCCCUUUCUUCAAGACUGUAGGAUCGGUGCUAGAUGUAGAACCCGCUUAUGCCGCAACCCUUUAGUUCUGAGUGGCAGGGGGAGGGGGGGGUGCCUUUCCGUUAGGCUUCUGAGGGGGAGGAGCCUGUCCAUCAUCACCGCGCUUGUUGGGGGGGUUCUUAGAAGGAGGGCUCUGAGGAGGCUGAGGCUUUGGUGGAGGGGCCUUUCCAUCAUCGCCACGCUUCUCAGGGGGGUGAUGAGGAGGAGGGCCCUGGGGAGGCGGCGGGUUUCCAUCAUCACGCUUCUGAGGGGGCGCAGGCUUCUUCGGCUCAGGCUUCUUCGGUGGUGGAGGCGCCUUGUUGUCAUCACGCUUCUCAGGCGGGUGGUGAGGAGGAGGUCCCUGAGGAGGAGGCGGGUUUCCAUCAUCACGCUUCUGAGGGGGCGCAGGCUUCUUCGGCUCAGGCUUCUUUGGUGGAGGCGCUUUAUUGUCGUCACGCUUCUCAGGCGGGUGGUGAGGAGGAGGUCCCUGAGGAGGAGGCGAGGGGCCAUCACGCGUGAUGAGGCCGUUGUCGCUGUCGACCGGGAGAGCCGCUCCAACGGCCAGACCGGCCACCAUAAAGCCGGAGAUGAGGGCGGAGACCUUCAUUUUGAAACGAGUACUGGUGGUUGAAUAGAACGAUUGUCUUUUGCUCUUGAGCGAAUGUUCUUG